GUUUUUGCCUGUGUUUUCACUGAGUUUCUUGGCGGGUGAAGGUUGUUUUGAUUGAGCUCAAUGCGGCAUUUUUUGCUCAAGUGAAUGCGACAAUGCCUCACUUUACCACAUGACAGCUUGUGCGCACCCGAGCUGCUCCUUUAAAGUCACACAUGUAGACUUUGGAGGCUUUUGCUGCAAGAGAUGCCACAGCACUUUCGUGCGCAAUGAACCCAGUGCACAUGGCGCAAAGUGCCAAAAGCAGAAAGUGUCCGGAGUCCCCAAAGCAGAUCCGGUUGCUCCGAAAGAUCCCUUGCCUGAGGCCACUUCUAAAAACGCCUUGAGGGCGGCGAGACGUUCCUGGUGGGAAGAAGUUCCAAAGAAGGACUUGCGCAAUGUCACCGGGGUUCAAACGCCAGAGUCGCCUGGGCACCCUGUUCGUGAUGUCGUGAGAUCGAAGUUGGGAAGCACGAGAAAGACAGAAGAAACACGGGCAUUCGAACAGACAAAGAGAAGACGAUGUGAUAGAGAUGAGAUAGAUCAGGCAGAUCCAAAAAAGGAUGCCAAAAGUCGAAUCAACUCAAAUAGUUCGAGGUGUUCAGCUGUUUUGACCCCGAGGGUCCGCACCGUCCAGACGGAAACAGAAAAAAUCGAGGAAUUUGAAUGGAUUGAAAGUGAGUCUGAACAACUCGCUAAAGCCGAGCAACAGACGGUAGAGGCCAGCGCUGAGCCGUCGAUCAAGUCUAACCGGUUUGACUGGCGGCAAGGAUGUUUUUUGGAAGUGAAGGAGGGCAUCACAGAACUUGCGAUAUCUUUUGCCAGUUGGAAUGUGACAGAUAUUGAUAUCUCGAACUGGAUCAGUUGGAUGAAGAGCCAAUUUUCGCGAGGCCGCUGGAAGAUCACGAAUUUGAACUUCUCCAACAACCAAUUGACCUCCGUUGGCAUUUCCAAUAUUUGUGAUUUUUUGCGACUCACCAAAGCGACUUGUGAGAACUGGAACUUCGAAGGGAACCAGAUUGCAGAUGAUGGCUUCCUGAGCGUAUGCUAUCACGUUGCCUCUGAGACCGGCUCGGCUGCAAGCUUGAAUUUUGCUAACAAUGCAAUCACCAUGACAGGUUUAUCAUGGCUCUUCAACAUUUUGAGCUGGCACCCAAUGCACCCUCUUCAAAAAUCUGCGAAAGGGGGAGCGACCUUCUACCCCAUGAAGGUUCGCUUGGACAGUGUGAAGAUUGACUCUGCUCAAUUGGAUGCAUUCUUUGACUCGAACCAGUUCAAAUUCUUGUGCUGCAGUGUGUAUGUUGGCUGCAGUUACAGGCAAAGAGUUGGUGCCACGGCCAGGAGCAAUGUGGUCGUUCAAUUGGAAAUGGGUCCAGGCUUCGAAAUGAAGCGCAUCAUGAACGAAUUUUCCAUGCUUCGUUUAACUCCUCAGUGUCAAGUCCAUCGAUCUCCGACCACGAGUCGGACACGCUGGUUCCAAGUGAACGCUCAACAUUGGCGCACAGAACCAACCAUCAUUUUUGAAGACUGCGAUUUCAUGGUCAUUACAAAGCCGGCAAGCUGGCAUUGCACCGAGACGCAGCACCACAUGGGAGCCGUGCAGGAGAUGGACAUGAGUAAUCGAAAGCGCUUGUGCGAGAGCCUGUUGUAUCAAAAGGAGCCUGCAGCUUUGCCGGAUUAUAUCUUCUUGCGCUUCGGUGCCGAUCCUCAGAUGAGCGAGGUCAUGAACCCGGAAAUGCUAUUUGGUUUGAUUCACAGAUUGGAUGUUGGCACUUCGGGCUGCUUGCUUAUGGCAAAGAACCAGGAUGCCUGGAAUUUUGCGAAGGAUCGUAUGCACAAGCAGCAUUUCAUCAGGGAUUACGUGGCUCUAGUUCAUGGUUGUUUCGCAGAUGCCAGACUCCCUUACAGAGACAAACCUCGUGGUGUGAUUUGUGCACCGAUUGACAAAGAGACUUACCAUUGGUCAAGACGUUGUGAAGUGAGUCAUCGUGGCUUGCCAUCCGUGACGCAUUAUGAAGAACUUGCAGUCUAUCAAAGCAAAUCUGGAGGUUCUAUGCAGCAAUGCCGCUAUGCACUUUUGCAUUUGCGACUUCUCACAGGACGAACACAUCAGAUCCGAGUUCACUGCGAGCAUGCUGGCUUGCCAUUGGUAGGAGAUCAGGCGUACACCAGGAAUCGGCCUGCACACGAUCCGAAGAUUUCUUGCCACAGACCCUUCUUGCACAAACUUCGCUUCAUCUUUCCAAACAUCUACGGCGAACCCGUUUCGGUUCGGAACCCGUUGGAAGAUGAGGUCGAAUUGUCCACAAUCCUUCAAAAGUUGCACCGACUGGGCUGAAGGAGAUGAAACACCGUAGUAGCGAACAUUGUUCCUACUAGUAAGGCACUUGUUCCUAGUAGCGUGGCACUUGAACAAUAUUGAACAAAAUUGAAUGACACUUUGAAUGAAUGCAGACAUCUCGGAUUGCCCACAUGCCCAUCAAAGAUGGAGGCUCUCCGGCUCUCGUGUGA